GGUUGCUGAUCUGGUGGUUCCAAACAUGGAACAUUUUGAAGAAUUCGCACAAAUGGACUGAUCCCCAAUGCCCAGCCACGGAAAGGGCACACUUCUUUAUCACUUACCCUUGCCUUGUUGGGCACCUUGUUGAUUUGAAGUGGAGCCUUUUCUUCCCCCACCCUUGACAACCCUCUUACUCCAGGAGUGAAUGAACAGCCAAGGUUGUUUAUUUCUGGACCGAAGUCUCCCCUUCGCGCCCCUCCAUCCCCUCAAAUCUGUGACUGAUGACUUUGCCUUCACUUCUGUGUAAUUGCUGAUAGCAAUUGGUGCCCUCUGAUACCUGCCCUGGAGCUGGGCUUUCUCUGUAUGUGAAGAUGCCCAUGGUAUUUCUGUGAAGCUAAGGUAUGGCUGCUGGAAGAUUGCUACUUUAUGCUGGCCUUUCUUUAGCUCUGUGUGCUCUGGGCAUGCUAGCCGUGGCCAUCUGCUCUGACCACUGGUAUGAAACUGAUGCCAGGAAACAUCGGGAACGAUGCAAAACCUUCACCACGCGGCGGAAUGAUCCUGGCUUCAUUUAUAACUCUAACAAUAACCUGCCCCUCCGGGCCAGUAGGUCAAAGCUGGACCAUUGGGAAGGGAAACUUCUCUUGGCAAGAAACAAGAGGCAACUCUUUGCCAUGAGUGCCGUUGAUGAGUGCAACAGGCAAUAUAAUUCUACCAACAUGGGACUUUGGAGGAAGUGCCAUCGGCUGGGAUUUGACCAAGAUGUGGAGGAACUCAUUGCUAAAGGAGCCAUUGACCAAUGUUCAUACAUCAAGUACCACUACUCCUCAGCAACCAUUCCUAAGAAUCUAACUUAUAACAUUACCAAGACCAUCCGUCAAGAUGAAUGGCAUGCUUUACAUUUACGCCGAAUGACAGCUGGUUUUAUGGGCAUGGCGGUGGCCAUCAUCCUAUUUGGAUGGAUUAUCGGGGUGCUGGGCUGCUGCUGGGAUCGAGGCCUUAUGCAGUAUGUGGCAGGACUUCUCUUCCUCAUGGGAGGAACCUUCUGCAUAAUUUCACUGUGCACAUGUGUAGCUGGAAUCAACUUUGAGCUCUCCCGAUACCCCCGGUACCUGUAUGGACUCCCUGAUGACAUCAGUCAUGGCUACGGCUGGUCCAUGUUUUGUGCAUGGGGAGGCCUAGGUCUUACUUUGAUCUCUGGCUUCUUCUGUACCUUGGCCCCUUCCGUUCAACCUGUCCCCAGGACCAAUUGCCCCAAAUCGAGACCUGAGAAUGGGACAGUGUGCUAAGACAAGUACAAACAAGCCUAUAAAUAUACAUAUUAUACAUAUAUAAAUAUAAAUUAAUAUACAUAAACAUAUAUUAUAUAUAGAUCUCAAACAAUUGCCAGUGCCAUGGUAGAGUGGAGUCCAAGGGGUCUCCUACAUCUUCUCUACAGCUUCGUAUUGUUCUUGUUAUUUUUCCUGGAGAAAGGAAUAGCUUUUCUGCAACAUUGCUCUUACAUUCAGCUCCUUAAAAAAAAAAUCUUCAGCAUCCCACUUCAAACAUCAAAUGAACAUAUUGUUGCAUCUGUCUAUCGCCAGUUGGGUGUGAUGUGAUAGGGAAGGGGAAAGGGCAUCUUGGUAUAUAAGGUACUUUUACAAGGAGUAAAGAAAACAAAACAUAAAUAAAAUAAAACACUGUAUUGGGGAAACAUAAACAGUAAAUAAAUGAACCUCUUUAGUUACCUCUCUAAAAUUUAACCUUCUCAAGGCCAUCUUCAGAAUCCCUCUGCUCACAUAUGGAUUUUUUUUUCUUUUAAACCUUGCCUGUUCCAUCAAAGAGGAAUGAACCAGGAGAUUAAGGCAGGUUUCCCUUUCUUUGCUAAACUUUAAAAAACAAAAACAGCCAAGAUUCUUACAGAACAAAAUUUCAAGUGAGGAUCCUUGAGUGGAUGCUUUAACCAUGCCGUUUCAACUUCCCUCUGCCUUAUAGCCAGACUUAAUUGACAAGGCUGAACUGUUGGCAGAAAAGCAAGAGAAAGUCUAACUGAAAUGCUGUGAUGCAUAGUGUAUAACUCCCCUUCCAUCCCACCUUUUUUUUUUCAAAAAAAGAAAGAAAAAAAGAAAGAAAGAAAGAAAGAAAGGAAAGUAAACCUGCCGUUUCCAUGUGAUCUUCUAACAAAUUCUCCUCACUGUGAUUGCAACAAAAGGUGUCAAGACUUAUGCAAGGAUGAGGAAAAGCCUGUUUGGAGGCUGCACGUUUCAUGGUCUGGAUUUGGUUCUGCCUCUAAUCUCCCCCUUGCCUUGGAACAUCAAGAACCAUCUGAUGGUGGAUAGAAGAAGCCAUUGUGGGUGGUAAGGGGAGGGAAUGCGGGCUUUGUGGUUGUUUGAUCAUCAAGUUGGCUGUGCAGGAGGAGUUUGGGCAGAGAUCGUCAUUGUUGUUAUGCCAUUGUUUUGUUAAUUACAAUCAUUUGGGUAAAAGCCAUUGCAGUGAUGGGGGAAUUCUGAAGGAAUGGUAAUAAUAAGGAUUGUAAUACAUGGUGCUCCUUCUUAUGUCCAUGUGCACCAAGAACAGAUGUCCGUGCAGUUAUCAUAAACUACCUGAUUUUCUGAGCCUUCUACUUGCUGCCCAGAGAUGUUUGCUAUGAGAUGGGUGGCAAAUAAAUUCAAUAAAUAAAUGAAGAUGAGAAAACAUGUAGACCAGAAUGCACUGAAAAGGAGAGAAAGGAAUUCCAUUCCUCAUAAAAAACAAAACUUUUGAUUGUGAUUUGAUAAUUCCCCCACAGGGGUAUUGUAAGGUGUGGUUAAAUAAGUCAAACUGGCAGCUGAAAUGUUGUGAUUGAAGAUUUGUCUGUUUGUAUGUGUGUCACCCAUUAAAAAUGGAUGGAAUUUCAACACACCUUUGUGGCCAUCAGUUUGACUUUGCCCACCAAGUGUGCCCCUGCACACACAUACUUUUCAUCUGUUUCCUCUCUUCUCCUUAUUUCUUACUGUU